AGUGGACAAAUAAGUGUGUCUGUGAGUUGGACAGAGACAGACUUGGACAAACAGGGGUUCAAGACAGACAGAUAGUAACAGGGCUAGGAGGGUGCAAGGAGAGGAAGGGAGAUCGGGUGAAGGGCUCUGUGCUACAGAAGGGCUAAUGAUGGUGUGAGUCAAUCAGCAGAGUCCUACUGAACUCAAGGGGGGUACGACAGCUCACAGCUGGAGAGGAUCUAGGCUACCAGAGUCUGUUCUCUCUGGGGCUUACAAGCUGGCUGGUACGUCUCCUUAACUGUUCUGUCCCAUGCGCCUUAGGGCAGGUAUUGACAGCAUGCAGCUGCUGCCAUUCUGCAUGGAGCUGGCCAGCCACAGGAAUGGCCAUGACCACUACUAACCACAGGCCUGCAGACUUUGGCUGCAUCUCCAGAGACAUGCCCCAAUUUCUGGCUGCUUCUUCUCCCCAGCUGCCCAGCUGGCCCCUGCACAGGACAGAUGGUCACCAUGGGGGAGUACUACAAACUGCUGGAACUUCCCCAGGACGCCUCUGACGAGGACAUCAAAAAGGCGUACAGGAAGGCAGCGAUGAGAUGGCACCCGGAUAAAAACCCAGAGACCGAGCAAUACGCCGAGCGGAAGUUCAAAGAAAUAACGGAGGCGUAUGAAGUGCUGUCAGACAAGAGCAAGCGCGACCUCUAUGACCGCUAUGGCAAGGAGGGGCUCACGGGGGCAGGGCCUGGGGGAUCGAGGGCUGAAGACAGAGCCCCUGGAUUUACUUUCAACUUUGCCGUCAUCCGUGACAUCCUGAGAGAGUUCUUUGGGGGACGAGAUCCUUUCUAUGGUGUGACUGGAGCUGAGAGAAGCAACAUGGAAGCAGCAAGGAACGAAUCCCACCCUGGAUCCGAGUCCCAUGAAGCCGGCAAUGACUUGCAUGGGGGAUAUGAGCCGCAGGGCGCAUGGAAUGAGUCACAUUAUGAGUCUGAGUCUGCUUCUGGACGCAAGUCGCAUGAGGAGUGUGUGUUGUAUGAUGGGUGGAAUAACACACCAGACAGACAGGAGACGACUCCUGGAUACGAGAUGCACGAGGUGUAUACGUCGUACGAUGGAUGGAAUGAUACGCCGGACAGACAGGAGAUGACACCUGGAUACGAGAUGCACGAGGCGUAUGUGUUGUACAAUGGAUGGAAUGAUACGCCGGACAGACAGGAGACGACACCUGGAUACAAGAUGCACGAGGUGUAUGCGUUGUACGAUGGAUGGAAUGAUACGCCGGACAGACAGGAGACGACACCUGGAUACAAGAUGCACGAGGUGUAUGCGUUGUAUGAUGGAUGGAAUGAUACGCCGGACAGACAGGAGACGACUCCUGGAUACGAGAUGCACGAGGUAUAUGCGUCGUAUGAUGGAUGGAAUGAUACGCUGGACAGACAGGAGACGACACCUGGAUACGAGAUGCACGAGGCGUAUGUGUCGUACGAUGGAUGGAACGAUACAUCAGACAGAGACAAGUCAGCUGCUGUAUAUGAGCCACAUGCUGGAUGGAGCGGGGCACAUGACAGACCUGAGGCAGCUCCUGGAUACAGGUCACACGAGGAGCAUGUGUUGGAUGAUGAAUGGAGCGGGGCACAAGACAGACCUGACUCGGCUCCUGUGUAUGAGCCGCAUGCUGGAUGGAAGAAGUUGCAAGCUGGACGCAAUGCAGCAGCUGCUGGCUGGGAAGGGUCGGCUGCUGGCUGGGAAGGGUUGGCUGCUGGCUGUGCCCCAGCUCCCAGACACCUGUCACCUCGUGAGCGGAACAGGCCAGCAGCCAGCUGCACCAAGGCGGCUGACAGGAGCAGUGAGCCGGCUACUGGGCAGAACAAGCCAGUUGUGGAUGGGAAGAGUCGACCCCCCAGUGAAACGAGGGGGCUCCCAGGUGGGAGGAGGCUGCUCCUGGGUAAAUCAAAGACGAGGCGCUCAGAUGGAAUGGACAAGCUCCUAGAGGGAAUGAAGAAGCUCCUGGACGGAACCAAGAAGCUCUUGUGUAGACGGAGUGAGCUCCAAGGAGGACCAAGUCCAGGCCCACCAGGAGAAUCUCAGCUGUUGUCUGAAGGAGCCAGCCGGCUGCUCCCGGAAAUAAUCCACUGGCCGCAGGCUGAAAUGAAUCGGUUACAAGGCAGAACAAGUCAGGGAUUGCAUGCAACCAGUCAGCUCCCAGAUGUCACCAGUCGACUGCAGGAUGAAACGAUACAGAUACAGCCACUCACAGAUACAGCCAAUCUGCGUCUGAGUGCAAGACGCAGCCUGCUACAUGGAACAAACGUAAUUGGUCAGCCCCAGGGGGGAGUAAGUCGGCUCCCACACAUAACCAGUCGUCUCCUAGGCAGAACGAGCAGGUUCCCAGUCAAAAGCCACCUUGGUGUCCAGUCCUCUGAUUCCACCUGUUCCCAUAACCCCUCUAUCACCAGGCUGGGGAGAAUGCUGUGAACGCAAGGAUCCACUGGGAGGGAGGUUUCCAGAGGUCGCUGGCAGAGCAGGCAAGGGGCUGUUCAGUAAAGGCUGGGACCAGAGCUCUCAGCAUCAGUCUCUUUAUUAUUCACUGAGAAGCCAGCUAAACAGGACCUGCUUCGACAGGGAUGGGAGCACUGCUCUGAGGGCCCAGGGCCUUCGGGCAAUUGUAUCAGGGGCCGCAGGGAGCUGGGGGGGCUCAACAUUGCUGCUGUUUCAUCGAGUCCUGCUCGCUGCUCACACACUAAGGUGACGGGGGCGUAUAAGAGCCCAGAGAGCCCCUGGCUCCUCUGGUGCUGUCAGGAGGUUACAGCUCCCUGACUGCUGUGGCUCGGGGCUCUGGUUUGGCUCUCUUUGAGGGGUGCCCAGGGCACAGAGAUGCCCACGGAAAGGGGGGGCUCGUGCACAAUGCAGCAGGGGAAGAAAUUUGGCCUGGCUGGGCUGAGGGAGGGGGGAGAGAAGAGAGGGCACAUACCUCAUGGCAAAGGCAGCUAUGACCUGAAUGCCAGGUUGGGUUGUGUGAGCAUCUGUCUGGUGACAGUCUCUGGGAUACUCUGCAGGAGACCGUUGGAUCAGAGAGCGCUGGACAGGGUGGGAGGUCCUGGGGUUUGUCCUUUCCUCCUCAUGCCUAUUGGCUUCUAAAUCCAAGGAGGGCAAGAACUGAAGCCUGGAAUGACCAAGGAGAUGAAGCGUUUUCUGUGGAUCAGGCUGACGUGUUUGUGCUCUUUGGACCGAGUCCCUCUUUGUUUAUUAUCUGUCCCAAAAACUUGAUUUGAGGUCGACGGAAAACACACUUUCCUUGUUUAGGCUUAGAACUUCCUUGAGGUUUUGUUGUGCACUUACCAAGGGUUGUGCUGGAUUCUCCAUCACGGACAAGUUUUAAAUCAAGGUUGGGUGGUUUUCUAAAAGCGCUGCUCCAGGACUGAUAGUGGGGCCUGUAUUCUACAACAGGCCAGAAGAGAUGAUCACAGUGGCCCCUUCAGGCAUUGGAAUCUAUGAAGCCCAUCCCUUAGCCACUCUAACAUCCUGUUUGCUUUUUUGACCACAGCUGCACAUUAAGUAGAGGUUUACAUUGAGCUUCUGCAAUGACGCCCAGGUCUUUUCUUGGGUUGGUACAGUUAAUUCGGACCCCUGUAAGGGGUGUGAGUCGCUUACACUUCCCCCCCAUAAUGUGGAUUACUUUGCAUUUAUAAACAUUGAAUUUCAUCUGCAGUCAUCUCUCCCUUCACCCAACCUGUUCAGAUCUCUCUCAAGUUCCCUGCAGUUCUCCAUGGUCCCGAGGAACCUAAACAAUUUUGUGUCAACUGCGCAUUUUUCUGCCUCCCUGAUACAUCUAUUAAACAACAUGGGACCUAGCACAGAGCCGUAUGGCCCUGCUGUUAGCCUUUGGCCAUGAUGAAAAUUGACCAUCGAAUCCCACUCUUUGCUUUCGGUCUCCUCGCCAGUUUUAGAGCCAUAACUGUACUUUGCCUCUCACCCCAUGACAACUUCGCUUUUUAGUAGCCUCUUGUGUGGGGCCUUGUCAAAGGCCUUUUGAAAUCCAAAUAAAUGAUGUCACCUGGUCGCCGUUA